AUGCUGUCCACCGCCAUUCAGAUCCUGGCGUUCGCCUUGGCACUCCUGGGCGUCCUCGGUGCCACCGUGGCCACUCUGCUACCCAACUGGAAGGUGAGCUCCAACGUCUGGUCCAGCAUCAUGACCCCCAUCUCUCAAAUGCAGGGUCUUUGGAUGGACUGCGUCUGGUACAGCUCCGGCGUCUUCAGCUGCACCAUGAAGAACUCGGUGCUGUCACUGCCGGCGUAUCUGCAGACCAUGAGGGCCGGCAUGGUCCUGUCAUGCAUCGUGGCAUUGUUUGGACUGUGCCUCGCCUCCCUGGGGCUCAAAUGCACCCGGUGGGGGGGUAGUCACCGAGCGAAGGGACACACCGCCAUGGCUGCAGGGGGUUGCUUCAUCCUGGCCAGCGCUCUAUGCCUUGUCCCCGCAUCUUGGUUCACCAACGAAGUCAUCACCACCUUCCUGACCACCGAUCUGCCGGACAGCAGCAAAUAUCAGCCUGGAGGAGCUCUAUGCGUCACGUUCAUCUCCGCCGGCUUCCUCUUGGCUGGGGGAGUCAUUUUUUGUUUGUCGUGUCCAGGAAGAAGAACAACAACAACGGACUACCCUUCCCCGUUUGACCCUAACAGAAGUCUGCCAUACGGAGAGGAGCAACGGAGGCGGGAGCCGAAAGCGGAGUGCAAACAUUCGAAAAACAGGCUAAACAAAACAGUUAAACUGCAGAUGGACGAGGUGAAGCGGGAGAAACCUCCUCAGGAGAAACCGGAACAGGAUAAAGAGCAAAAGAGCUACUCGUCUCCUUCCAAACUCCCUCCAAAAGACAUCAAGGACAGCUACAGCCUCCAGGAGUACGUUUAA